AUGGCGCCCUCCGCCACCCCCUCCGAGCAGGGCUCUGCACGCGUGGGCCCCCACCCGUCCUACAUCGAAGUCGCGAAGCCCUACAUCCUGCAGUCGCGCAUCCAGUCCUGCCUCGCGUCGAUCCAGAUGUCAGACGCCAAGGAAGACUCUGUGCGCCUGCAGGGCGUGACCUGGAUCGACGCGGUCCGACGGGCCCUGUCGCUGCCCAUCCGCACCUUCAACACAGCAGUCAUCUACUACCACAAGUUCCGGCUGCUGCACGGAGACCACGAGUACAAUUGGGCGGAUGCGAGCGCGGCGGCGCUGUUCACGGCGUGCAAGAUCGAAGACACGCUCAAGAAGAGCAGGGAGAUUCUGUGCGCGAGCUGGAACUUGAAGGUCGGGCCGGGCGAGGCGCUGAGCAGCGAUGAUCCCAGGUUCGACAUGCAUUCGAAGCAGAUCAUUGGGCUCGAGAGACUCAUGCUGGAGAGCGCGGGGUUCGACUUCAGGAACAGAUACCCGCAGAAGCUGAUGGUCAAGCUUGCGCGAGCGCUGGAGUUUGACCAGAAUAAUGAGGGCAAGACAGCGUGGGAUUUGAGUGUUGAUCUCUACAAGACAUUUGCGCCGCUUAAGCAGAGCUCGCCGACGCUGUCAAUCGCCUGUCUGGAGCUAGCGGCGCGUCUGCACGAGAGGGACGCUGAGGCGUUGGUCGACAGAGGCGCGUGUAGGUACGCCAAGUGGGGGACGAGUCGAGGGGAGGUUAUGGAAACGCUCCUUGAUCUCCUCGACCUCUACACGCACCACCGCUCCGCCACCUCGAUCGGACCCCUCUAUCCCCUCGAGACAUUCAUCAAUAUCCGCAUCACCCUCAACACCGAGGCCUCGCGCCUCUCGCUCCCGCGCUUUACUCCCUACGCCUCCGAAACACCGUCCACCACAACUUCGCCUGCUACGCCUGCUGCUGUGAAUGGGCUGCGGGCCCGCAACGGCGUUGACACGACCGGCCUGAACACCCCGAACACGCCAGGCACCGUCUCGCCCGGCCAGCCAGACACCGGUGUGACAGGCGUGCGAGGACAGAACGGGACGGUCAGGUUCAUGCUGGAUGCAGCGCGAGCCAGAGACGAGAGAGCAGAGGUGGACAAGUACCACAGGGUCGAGGAAGAGGAAUAUGAAGUCGAGGUCCCCAAUGACAGGGGCGAAGAUGGCGAGCGAGAGCGAAGGAGGGUGCGUUAA